AAACCCCUCUCCUCGCCAGGGUUGGUUCUCUUUCAUCUUUGCCUCUACUCAAGCCGAACCGUACCCAAUCGGAGAGCAAUCAGAACUGCUGAGCUUGGAGUCAGAAUGAGCGUAGCAGCGGCGCCGGAGAAGACUGAGGAAGAGCUUCGUAAAGAGAUCGAUGAGCUCCACCGCCAGCAGCGCCAGAUAACGGAGCGGUUACGUGAUCCUAGGGGGCUCCGACGUGGAGGUUUGCCCGGUGGCGGUCCGAGGAACUUCGCCUCUAACGGCGGUCCUCAGCGAGGGUUUGUUCGGCCGGCUGAUAGGAAUUACUCAGGGGAUCAACCUCCUGCAAAGAAACGGCUUCUGUCUGCUGUUGUGAAGGCUGAGGAUGGAGAGAUAGUUGAGGACGGUGCUAAGGAUGGGAAGGAGGAAGGAUCUAAUGUUGCAGCCAUCAACAAUCAUCAAGAUGAAGUAAAGCCGCUAAAUUUACGUCCAGGUGGUUUGCCUUGGAACCAACGACCACCGAAAAGAGAUUCAGACAUUCCACCUGAUGUGCAUGUGCCAAGGGUGUUGCCGAAGAAUGAGGACCCUAGUUUGGUUAGCAGAAACAAGAGGAUGUUGGGGCAGCUUCUAGGUACCUUGGAGAAAUUCAGAAAAGAGGAUAUGAAGCUCUCAGGGACUGAGGCAUACACAAAGAGGUCAAAUGCUUUGCAAAAGGCUGAGCAAAGAGCCCGUGAAGAAAGUGAAAGGCUGAGACAGGAAGAGCGUGAAAAGAUAGCAGAAAAGAGGAGGAGAGAUCUGGUUCUUAGGGCAAGAGUUGCUGCAAAGGCAGAAGAAAAGAAGUUGGAAUUGUUGUUUCUUCGUUGGACCGAGCAUCAUAAAAAGCUUUCCCAUUUUACAAGGCACAUCUCUUCCUGUCAAGUGAAUCUGUUUGUGUUCCUAGCUACUUUCACAAUCUGGCCAUUGAUUGUUGUUCAAUUGGUUUUCAGGACCAAGGCAGAACCUCCUAUUUAUUAUAUGUCAAAGAAACCAUUGGAUGAAGAUGCAACUUUGCAACAGCAGCAUCAAGAACAGUUAUUAUCGGAAUGGAAGGCCGCAAGAAGAGAGGAGCUAUCCGAGUACCAGAAGCAGAUAGAGGCACAGUACCUCGAAAACGUCGAGAAAGAGCUAGAGAGGUGGCAAAAUGCAAGAAAAGCUAGGAGAGGUAACAACAACGACGCAAACUUGCAAGAAACAAUGGACCAAGAGCUGGAGACCCAUAGGCUCGAGCACGGUCCGAAGACCACAAGAAAGAUCCCAGGUGACAAUGAAGACGGAGAAGAUGAUGAUGUGGAAGAUAUCAUUGUCGGGGAGGAUGACAAUGACAUGAUGGAAGAUGUGCUUGCAGCUGCGGAGGACAAUAACGACACAAAAGUUGAUGAUAUGUUGAAGACGGACGAAGGUGGUCACCACAGCUCGUCUCUGCCUGAGAACCCCGAUCAGUGAUCGCGUUGGAGGGUAAGCUCUGCCUCUUUAUCUUAAUUCAAACUAGAUUAUGUAGCCAUAUUGUCUCCUUGAGUUAGCCCUUAUGGUGUGGAUGGGUCUUCUUCUGUUUGUUGUUGUUUUGGAUUGAUUUUUUCUAGUAUUUAAUCUUUCCCGAGUUGUAGUAAUCUCAUGCUGUGGUUUAGGAAAAACAGAGAAACUAGCCAUGAUCAUAAAAUGAAUUUGGUGACCAUGUGGUUGAUUUGGAGUCGUUUCUUCUGAUAAAUGAAUUUCAUUCUUUUUGUUUAUAAAGGGAAUAGCAACAGUCUGAUAUGAUAUUUGCAGGAAGAAUUCCACCAUCCAAUUCUUCUUCUUCCUCUUCUUGGCUCCCCAACCCCGAACUAAUCACACUCAUUAUCCCAACUCUAUAUACUAAUCCUCACCACAGAAAUAAACAACCAACAAAUGUACAGCCAUAGUCUAUAACCCUCCUGAUAUACAUAUAUAAGACCUUCCCUCUCGGAUCAGUGUCCUUCACCUUUCCUGCUUGGCCCCGAUGCCAAGUUACUCUUCACAACCGCCGCCGGACCAGGAUCUUCCCCUCCUCCGCCGCCAGGAUCCUUCACCUUCUCCGAAGCUCUGUCGACAUAGUUAGUAGCAGCAGCACCACCAGAUGCAGAUGAACUAGCUGUGGCAGCAACUUCGCCAUUCGCAUGGUCGCGAAAUUUUAACAGAGUUCGGGAAUGCACAAGGCGAGGCUGGGCGACGAAAAGGAAGAAGAUUAUGAGGGCAGCAAGAAGAGAUGCAGAGGAGGGUCUCAUUGAUAUUUGCUCUGCUCUGUUUUCCCCUGUUUUUUUUCAGGUGGGUGGAAGCCAAGGCUUUGGAGCUCUGUUGAUGGGAGCUAGUGAUCAAUAUAUAUAUGAUCAGUUUAUUAACUGAGUAUAAAUGAGUACUUUUGGUGGGAGAGAUUCUUAGACCAAGAACAAAAAGAAUGGAGGACCUUGUAGUCCCUCAAAGAAUGGAGCAGAGGGAAAAGGGCAGCCUUAGAUUCUCAAGACCAAGAAGAACAAAAAAGAAUGGAGGUCCUUUGCAGUCUCUCAAUGGACGGAGCAGGGAAAAGGGCCACCUUAUAUUAUAAUUUGACAAAGAAGCUAACUCCUCCAGAAGUAGUUUUAUAACUUCAAAUUGGGAAAUGGAAUCUCCCAAAGGGAAAUGGAACUUUCCCUGUAAAGGCGACGGAAACAGAGUAUGGGAGGGGGAAAAGGUGGCGUUCAACUGAGUUUGCGUUACUGAGAGAGCGCAGGUGGCGGCAGAGUCGAGUCGAGAUCGGGGGUCCAAACAGAGGAACGGACGGAGAAGGGCUUUUUGGAAUCUCGGUUUUCUUGUUCUUGGUAGAGGGUAAUGAUAGAGGGAGAGAGCAUUUUGACCAUGAAUGGGACUAAUAUGUUGCUGUUUUCACUGGGAGGCUGAAUCGCAAAAAUUAGUGGUUUAGGGUUCAGUGAUUAACGGUUAUAAAAUCGUUCUGAACCGUAAAAGUUAGUGGUUUAGAGUUCAGUGAUUAACUGUUAUAAAAUCGUUGGUGAACUGUUGAUAGAAUCGUUCAUAACAUAAAACAUAUAAAACUUGUAUAAUUCACUGAUCUAAAAAUUAAGUUGUUAUUAAACA